AUGCGCUUACUGAUAGCAUUCUUGUCGCUAUUAUCACUGGCGAGCGCCCAGUUUGGCUUCUUUGACCAGAUGUUUGGCCAGCAGGAGCAGCAUCAUGGUCAACAUCACCAGCAACAGAACAACCCGAGUGACGCUUCACAAUAUCACGCGCGCUACGAUGGCUCCGUCUGCGACAAGUACCUAUGCCCCGAUUCGCUCGCGUGCGUACAUUUUCCACACCACUGCCCCUGCAUUUGGGACAAACACGAGGAGAAAUUCGAAAUUGGCGAGGGCAAACGACUCUGCAUCUCAAGAGGCGGCUUCAAGGACGGCGAGGCGGCGCGAAAGGUUGAAUUGGCACGCAAAGGCUUGUUGUGA